AUGGCUCGACACCUGCCUCUCUGCGUUUACUGGCCCAUUCACCGAGGAGAGUGCGAAGAGACAAGUACGGGUCGCUACAUCCAGGAAGAGGUGCCGCAAGUGAUCGAGUCGUUCUCUGCGACAUCGUCAUUGGUGGAGGUCCACCGACACGGCGUGGUGGGCUACAUAAUGGAGGCACAGCAUGAUCAAUGCGUGUUCAAGAUUGUCGAAUGCUCCACCGCGGUGGUCGACGGACACCUGUCCUAUACCGCCCCCCACCUCGGGCGAUACUUCGCUUACGGCCGCGGGGCGCAUAUCUUGCACUACGACGAGAGAAAUCAGUAUCUCACCAAACCGUACCAUAUCUUCUACUGCACUCGUUCGUUCAUCCUGAACGGGAGCGGAAACCGUGCUAUCGCGUCGCUGUUGGAGACCACGAACCACGAACUCACCUUGUUGUGGCCUGGUACGGUAGUCGUGUUCAAGUAUUCCAGCAACCUGUGUACCGCAUACGAGGACAUGGAACAGGCGGACGUGGGCAACAUCGCGGCACAUUUUGCGAGGUUUGGACAGUGGCAACGCGCACGGCUAAUGUAG